AUGUAUCAGUCUUUGCCCGCAAAUCUGGGGCAAAGUUCCUUUGCUGGCGAUUGGUAUGUGUUGGCGUACAAAGGUGACCCAGCGCUGCCGGAGAAAAAGUGCGCCAAAAUCAAGGUUGAGGUUGGCCAGCAGGAUGGAAGGACAACGAUUGUGUAUAAAUUUCACUACCAACAGGCCGACGGAGAUAAAACCGCAGAGUUCUUCACUCAGGCGCUGCGACCAACAGAUCCGUCAACCGGAUUUGGUGUUUUCGUAAAGACCAACUAUUGGGAAAGUCUAACAAAAACCGGUAUUGUGGCAACAGACUAUGAAAAUUUUGCCCUGGUCAUGGCCUGCGGGCCUUUGUUUGACAUUCAGCGUCGAUCUUUCGGCCGCCAGAUUUACGCCAACAUUCUCGGUCGUGGCGUAGACUCAAUUCCCCCAGCAACAAUGACUGCCCUCAAGAACGUUCUCAGCAGCUACGACAUCGACUUGGACACCCUCAGACACGUGGACAACUCGUCUUGCUGA